AUGAUAAGUUGGAAAGAUCUAUACACAGUCCUAACGGCAGUUGUACCACUGUACGUGGCGAUGAUCUUAGCCUACGGUUCGGUGCGGUGGUGGAAGAUAUUCUCACCGGACCAAUGCUCCGGCAUAAACCGCUUCGUUGCGAUAUUCGCUGUUCCACUUUUGUCCUUCCACUUCAUCUCCACCAACAACCCUUACGCCAUGAACUUGCGCUUCAUCGCAGCAGACACACUUCAAAAAAUCAUCAUGCUCUGUUCUCUAGCCCUAUGGACCAACUUCACCAAAAACGGAAGCCUCGAAUGGACAAUUACAAUCUUCUCCCUAUCCACAUUACCAAACACCCUCGUUAUGGGAAUCCCACUCUUAAUCGCCAUGUACGGCGAAUAUUCCGGCAACCUCAUGGUCCAGGUCGUCGUCCUCCAAUGCAUUAUCUGGUAUACUUUACUGCUUUUCCUUUUCGAGUAUCGCGGCGCCAAGCUUCUCAUCAUGGAGCAGUUCCCGGAGACCGCCGCGUCGAUUGUUUCCUUCAAGGUGGAUUCCGACGUGGUCUCUCUCGACGGCCGGGACUUUUUGGAAACCGACGCUGAGGUCGGCGACGACGGGAAGCUCCACGUGACGGUGAGGAAGUCGAAUGCUUCGCGUAGGUCGUUCAUGAUGACGACUCCUCGGCCUUCUAACCUCACCGGAGCUGAGAUUUAUAGCCUGAGCUCUUCCCGGAAUCCGACGCCACGUGGCUCCAAUUUUAACCAUUCAGAUUUCUACUCCAUGAUGGGUUAUCAGGCAAGGCAUUCGAAUUUCGCUGCUAAUGAUUUGUACUCUGUUAACACUUCCCGUGGACCCACUCCCAGACCCUCCAAUUUCGAAGAACCCUCUGUUGCAACAAUGCCACACACGGUUAGUUCUCCGAGAUUCGGGUUUUACCCGGCACAGACUGUGCCCGAUUCGUACCCGACACCCAACCCGGAAUUCUCCUCCACCACCAAACCUUUGAAAAACCAAAACCAAAACCAAAAUUUACAACAACAACAACAGCAACAACCUCAAUUGCCUAACAGCAAGGUUGCUCAUGAUGCUAAGGAGCUUCACAUGUUUGUGUGGAGCUCAAGCGCCUCGCCGGUUACCGAAAGCCACGUGUUCGGCGGCACGGCCGAACAAUCCGAUCAGGGUGCUAAAGAGAUUAGAAUGAUGGUGGCUGAUGAGCAUAUUCAAAAUGGGGAAACCAAUAAUAAAGGUGCUGUAGACGCGGAACUUGGUGAGGAAGAGUUCAAGUUCCCGGGAAAGGGGGGAGAACAAGGAGAGGAAGAGAAAGAAAAAGAGGGGCCCACUGGGCUUAACAACAAGCUGGGCUCCACCUCUACGGCGGAGCUCCACCCCAAAGAUGUCGGAGCAUCCGAGUCUGGUGUUGCCAAACACAUGCCUCCGGCGAGUGUCAUGACUCGUCUCAUACUUAUCAUGGUGUGGAGGAAGCUUAUUCGCAAUCCUAACACUUACUCAAGCCUUAUUGGUGUCAUUUGGUCUCUCGUUGCCUUCAGGUGGCAUGUGCAUAUGCCCAAAAUCAUAGAGAAAUCAAUUUCGAUACUGUCAGAUGCUGGUCUUGGAAUGGCUAUGUUCAGCUUAGGUCUGUUUAUGGCUCUUCAACCCAAAAUAAUUGCUUGUGGGAACUCUGUUGCCACAUUUGCCAUGGCUGUUAGAUUCCUUACCGGCCCAGCCGUUAUGGCGGCAGCUUCCAUCGCCGUUGGCCUCCGUGGUACCCUCCUACAUGUAGCUAUUGUUCAGGCUGCACUUCCACAAGGGAUUGUUCCGUUUGUGUUUGCAAAGGAGUACAAUGUCCAUCCAACAAUUCUUAGUACAGCGGUUAUAUUUGGGAUGUUGAUAGCCCUUCCAAUUACUCUAAUCUAUUACAUACUCCUUGGUUUGUAAAAUUCACAUACCAUAGCCACCAACAUACAAGGAAAAAGCCAAUGAUUUCAACCUUUGACACUUUGGAAGCUAGCAAGCAUGCAUUGAGACCACAGUGGAGUAAUUUAUUAUUAACAAGGUGGAGGAUUUUUCGCUUGGGGAAUGGAAAAAUAUCACUAGUAGUUUCACCACACAGGGUGUCAUUCCAAGUUUCCAAAAUUUUGGGAACUUCAGAAAAUCUGAAAGAUUGGCAUGAAUCCUCAUAAUAAUUCUAACGUGUCCGUAUUAAAAUUCCAAGUUGACGUAAUUUUCAAGAACCUCUAAGAGAAAGGAGAGCAAAGAACGGAGUAUGUGGGAGACAUAAAAGAGGAAAACAGGGGAAAGGUAGCAUAAGCAUAGUCAAUGAUUUCAAGAAAUGGUUCCCUCUCUAUCAGCAUUUGUAAAUUUUUUAAGUCCAGUUUGGGUCAUGAGUUAAAAAGACGGUUUAGUUAUUUGGUGGAGGAAAUGGAAUUGGAAUAAACCAGGAACCCUUUGUUUAGUUAUAGUUAUUUUUUUAACUAUUAUUAUUGCUGUUUUGUCUUCGAUUGUCCACAGA